AUGAUUUUAGCUGACCGCCUAUAUAUAUCAUAUGAGAAGGAGAUUGAACGCAAGCCAUCGCUUGAGGAAUCGACCACCAUUUCUUUUUUAGUUCUUGUGAUCUUCGGUAGCAACAAGAAGUCAAGAGCAACACCAUCGAUGGCACAGGGAACCAUGGUACCCACCCUUUUGGUGCUGCUUCUAGCCGUUUGCUACGCAACCACCGUCGUCCAUGCCAAGGAGUGGACCGUUGGUGACAACAAGGGAUGGAGCUUCCGCGUCUCCGGAUGGGAGCGUGGCAAGCACAUCCAAUCCGGCGACGUGCUUGUGUUCAAGUACAACCCGAGUAUGCACAACGUGGUGCAGGUGGGAAAAGGCGACUAUAACUCAUGCAGGGUCUCGGGCCCGUCGAGGACCUACACCUCCGGCAAUGACCACAUCCAGCUCGCCCGCGGAGGCAAAGCAUUCUUCAUCUGCAGCCUUCCGGGUCACUGCCAGCAAGGCAUGAAGAUCGUUGUCACUGCUUAA